AUGUCAGACCAGUCCCUAAAUGAAAAAUCGGGGGAUCAUUUCGAGAAUCAGAUGCGUAUGGCAAACCACGAUCCAUCAGAAUCUUCUGCGUACGAUGAUUUGGAAUUGCAAAAGAUUCAUACUGGCGGUGACAAUCACGAAUUCGUUUUCAUCGGUCGUCAAAAGUUCUUGAAGGAAGAUUUAUUUACUGCUUUUGGUGGUACCUUGAACCCUGGGCUAGCGCCACCUUCAACACAUAAAUUCGCUAAUCCUGCCCCAUUAGGGUUAUCGGCUUUUGCUUUGACUACAUUCGUACUUUCAAUGUUCAAUGCCAGGGCAAUGGGAAUCACGAUACCGAAUGUUGUUGUCGGUUCAGCCGCAUUUUAUGGCGGUUUGGUUCAGCUAAUUGCAGGGAUUUGGGAAAUAGCGUUGGAAAACACAUUUGGUGGUACUGCACUAAGUUCAUUUGGUGGAUUUUGGAUGUCAUUUUCUGCGUUAUACAUCCCAUUCUUCGGUGUAGCCGAUGCCUAUAAAGAACACCCAGAACAGUUCUCUUCUGCAGUGGGAUUCUUUUUGCUAGGAUGGGCAAUCUUCACUGCUGGUAUGACGGUGUGUACAAUGAAAUCUACUGUUGCAUUCUUCUCGUUGUUCUUCUUUUUGACUAUUACUUUCCUUCUUCUAUCUAUUGGUGAAUUUGCACAGAAUACCAACGUCACAAGGGCAGGUGGUGUCGUUGGUGUAAUAGUCGCUUUCAUUGCCUGGUACGACGCAUUCGCAGGUGUCGCUACGAAAGAAAACUCAUAUGUCACUGUGCGUCCUUUACCUUUACCUAAACCCCAUCACACAUUGUUUUGA